AUGGCGGCUGAAUCGGUCCACCAGCCGGGCCAGGUCGCUAUAGACGUGCCGGAAACGACCCGGGGCAGUGGGAUUGCCAUGGAAGGGCACGAGAUGCCGUCAACCGACCCAUGCCUCGGGGAUGUGCCUUCCGUGCCGUGGCUUCCGAGAGAAACGCAUCCGGUGCCGAGCCAGUCGCGGGACCCCGUACAGCAGCUGCACCAGACACAGGUCAGCAACAAAAUUUCCCAUCCGCCCUGUACCAAUGGUGGGGCUGUCUCCUUUACACUCUUGGCGCAGAACAUCAACAUAUCGGAGCUCUGCAGCCGAAGAAGUCUGGCUUCUGCGUUCAAGGCGGCUAUCCAGUCCGCCGUGGCGCAGGAGCUGGGCCACAACUUCUUGCCAGAGUAUGUCGAUGUACGGUUGAGCCCGGACUCUGCCGCCAUUCCAGUGGUGGUACUGCCGCCCGCGGGGAUGUCGGCGAGGGAGUUGCAUGCCCAACUCUGCACCCGGCAGCUGCCCGGAUGGUCUGUUGCAGGCCGCGUCGCUAGCCUGGAGGGGUUCCGAAGCGUCUGCCUCUCCUCUCUUUGGGUCCUUUGUAGCGUUGGCAUGCCCUCCGUGGUCGCAGUAGCUUCCGAUGAGCUCGCGUCCACCACGGUUUCUGCCGGGUCUCCACUGGCGGAAGGGCUGGAGCACAAGAGCUCGAGCCUGGAGGUCCCGGAGGUCCCUCAGGAGGAGAUCCCGUCGAUCCCGCUUCCUCAAAGCCUCCAGCGUUCCGGCCACACGCCGCGGGAGGGCUCCGACGCAGGGAAGCCCCGCGGACCGGCUGCCAAGCGAGCUGCUGGCAGGCCGAAGGGCACCAGCUCGGGCAAGGUGCGCCCCAGAGGGAGCACCCAGGGACACCUCAGUCCCGCGCGGUCUCCGGCACGGUCACCGGCACGGUCGGCGGCGCGGCAGCUGGAUUUCUCAGGCGCAGACGAUGCACCGGCACUCCGGCCAAUGCUGCUGGGCGGUGACGAUCACAAAGAUCUGCAGAAUGGCCUCUACAUUCCUGGUCCGGCAGAGGACAGCGAGGACUCAAGGGAUAUGCUCCCUCCGGCACCGGCAGAGACGCAGGGGACGCGCCGGCCCACCGUCACCCAGCCCUUCUUCCCGCCGCCCUCGCCGGCGCGGCGGCCGCAACCGCUGGGCGGCCACAAGGCACAGGCGCAAGCUUCUGCGACCCGGCCCGCUGAGAUCGAAAGGCAGACGUCCUCGGACGAGGAGCUCAGUUUCAUCGAUCCGGCGUCCCAUCCCCACAGAGCCCAGGAGGCUGUGCUGAAGCCGCGGCAUUCGAAGGCGCAGGCCGCACCGCCUCGGACAGAGACGAAGAGGCCUUCCCAACCGAGUUCUGCCAAGACCGUCACGCAGCCGCAGGCGGUGCCUGCUUCGGCGCCAACAGCAGCCUCUGCGGAGACUCUGGAAAGGCCGAGGGGCUCAGAUGCUGCGACCACGAGUGUUGCAGCAGGAGCUGCCACGGUAGCAGCGCCGCAGCUACCCGAGGCACCUUCGACACCGGUUGCCGAGCCACCUUUGAAAGAGGCUGCCUGUGGAUCUACAUCGUCGCC